CUCCCUGAGGCUCCGCCUUCUGCGGAGGGGGGGAACGCGGUGACGUCAGCGCGCACAGCCGUGCCCUCCUCCCGCCCUUGCUGCCCAGCCGAGGAGACCCCGCAGCGAGCUGCCAACGCCCGGCGGAGGAGAGCGAGCUCCGUGAGAUUAAUCUGGGACCUAAUAAACUAGCAAGCUUCAGCUAUGCAGACAAUUAAGUGUGUCGUUGUGGGAGAUGGUGCAGUUGGUAAAACGUGUCUUCUAAUUUCUUACACAACAAAUAAAUUCCCCUCUGAGUAUGUACCAACGGUAUUUGAUAACUAUGCUGUAACAGUGAUGAUUGGUGGAGAGCCAUAUACCUUAGGCCUAUUUGAUACAGCAGGACAGGAAGAUUAUGACAGAUUACGGCCCCUCAGCUAUCCACAGACAGAUGUGUUUCUGGUCUGUUUCUCAGUGGUCUCACCAUCUUCAUUUGAAAAUGUGAAAGAAAAGUGGGUACCUGAAAUCACUCACCAUUGUCCAAAGACUCCUUUUUUGCUUGUUGGGACCCAAAUUGAUCUCAGAGAUGACCCCUCAACAAUUGAGAAACUUGCCAAGAAUAAGCAGAAGCCUAUCACUCCUGAGACUGCCGAAAAGCUGGCACGGGACUUGAAGGCUGUCAAAUACGUGGAAUGCUCUGCACUGACACAGAAAGGCCUAAAGAAUGUAUUUGACGAGGCGAUAUUGGCUGCCCUGGAGCCUCCGGAGCCGAAGAAGAGCCGCAGAUGUGUGCUGCUAUGAACGUCCCUUCACGGCCCCUUCUGCAAAGCUGGUGUUGAUGUCAUACUAAAAGCAAUGUUGAAAUCAAACUCAAGAUUCAGAUUUUUCCCAUUUGUCUUUGCAAUAAUGACAGAUGCCGUGUGCCCUCCUCCCAUAUGCUCCCUGUGUGAGAUGCAAAUGUUAGUGCUCUUCUCCAGUGCCCUUCAGUUAGAUUAAUUUUUUAAAAAAAGAAAAAGUGAUGUAUUUCAACAAACACUGAUCAGUACUAGGGUUUCUGUUUACUGUUUAAUUUUUUGUUUUUAAAAUUCAGGCAUGCUUGUGGUGAUUUUUCUCUGUAACAGACUAACUUUCAGGCUCUGGCCGUUAAGCCUUUCCCCAUCAGGCUAGGCUGGCGCUACUUGGAUUCUCUGGUUUUCUGUGGCCAGCUUGCAGUCUGGGGGGUGAGCAGGCUUCAGUCCUUGGAACAGAUUCUGGAAACGAGAAUGUCCCCAAACUGGUGCUCCUUUGAAGAGGGUGCAGUGCAUCCUUCUAAUCUGCAUCUCCUCUGAAGUUGCCUUGGAUCUGUUUCCCUUUCUUUCCUCCAUGCAGGCCAGAAAUUCCUAUCUUGACCUUUAAAACAUGAAAUAUGUAAACAUGCCCUUUGUUUAUAUAUUCAGCCAAAAGCUCUUUUUGUUGUGACACACACACACCUACAUGAACCCCACCUAACUUUGCCAAUUACUAUUUUUUUUUGUAGCUUUCAAAACUUGACAUCAUUAGACAUUAAUUGAAAGGGGAGAACUGUAUCUUCUUCAAGUCAGCUCAGUCCAUUGGAUUUCCUUAACAGCCAGACCCUCUCUUGGCCAGGAGAAACUUCUGAUCAGCCACACGAGUGAGAUAUUGAAACUCACCCACGUGGCCUUUGCCUGCUGUAAUGGAGGGUUGAAGGUAACCAGCUGACUAUGCCUCAAAACGGUUCAGUGUUCUCUUUGAAGAGAGGGAAGGAGACAUGCCUCAUUAGGAGAAAAUGUGGAGGGGAAAGAUGUUCAGCAUGGUACCUUGGGGACCAGUAGAGGAAUUACCUUUAAAAGUGCAUUGUGUGUCAGCAGCUGUGACCUCCCCAGGUGGUUGCUUUAGUGUAACAGAUCAUAUGAGGGUCUUUGACUCCAGUGUUAAUAAGAAUCUUACCAGAACUAUACUCUGGAUUAAUACUUCUCAAUUUCCCCAGACUCUAAUUCUUGUAGUCUCAUUAGUGUUGAACUGAUGCUUUUUUCCAUGUUUAAGUUCUUUGUAUAUGCAUUUUUCAGAUGUAUUAAACAUAAAGUAUCUUCACAA